AUAUUGCCUCCUAAUAAACGCGCUGGCUGGAUCGGCUCGUACUCACAACUGAAAAUUGUUGCAGUAAUGACUCAGACAGUUCAGACCAAUGGGGUUCAACCCCUCAGUAAGACCUGGGAGCUGAGUCUGUACGAACUACAGAGAACUCCACAGGAGGCUAUAACAGAUGGGUUGGAAAUAGCAGUGUCGCCCAGGUCCUUGCACAGCGAACUCAUGUGUCCUAUCUGUCUGGACAUGUUGAAGAACACAAUGACAACCAAAGAAUGUCUGCACCGCUUUUGCGCUGAUUGUAUCAUCACAGCUUUAAGAUCUGGUAAUAAAGAGUGUCCUACCUGUCGCAAGAAGCUGGUGUCCAAGAGGUCGCUGCGUCCGGACCCUAAUUUUGAUGCCCUGAUUAGCAAGAUUUAUCCCAGCCGCGAUGAGUAUGAAGCCCACCAAGAAAGAGUGUUGGCCCGCAUUAGCAAACACAACAACCAGCAAGCCCUGUCCCACAGCAUAGAGGAGGGGCUGAAGAUACAGGCUAUGACCAGACUGCAGCGUGGUAAGAGACACACAGUGGAGAAUGGUAGUGGAGCUGAGGACAAUGGAGACUCCUCCCACUGUAGCAACGCUUCUGUCCACAGCAACCAGGAGGCAGGUCCAAGCAUUAAGCGCACCAAGACAAGUGAUGACAGUGGUUUGGACAUGGAUAACGCUGCUGAGAACGGGGGCGGGGAUUCUGUGAUCGACGGUGGUGCCAGCGAAAUAGAACUGGUGUUCAGGCCACAUCCCACCCUGAUGGAGAAGGAUGACGGUCACAACAGUGUGGAGUUUGUCCCUCGCUACAUUAAGACGUCCGGUAAUGCUACAGUGGAUCACCUGUCUAAAUACCUGGCCGUCAGACUGGCUCUGGAGGAGCUGAGAAGAAACGCAGAGGCCAGUCCUGUUAAUGUGGAGGCAGCUUCAGAGAAACAGUACACCAUCUACAUACCUACUGCUGGAAACCAGUUCACUGUUCUGAAUGGUUCCUUCUCCCUUGAACUGGUCAGCGAAAAGUACUGGAAGGUGAACAAACCCAUGGAGCUCUACUUUGCUCCUACUAAAGAACACAAGUAGACGCAUACAAACACACACAUGCAAACACACACGCGCGCACACACACACACACACACACACACACACAAACACACACACACACACACACACACCAGUAGGAAAUAAACAUAUGGACUUUGCUAUAAUUGCACACACAGAAACAAGAGGAGAGGAAUUUGUGUGUCUGAAGGAGAUGAGAGGGGUUGGUUUUACCCUCAAAAGGACUCUUGUAAAAAGAAAAAAACUUGUUUUAUAUUCUCUGUAUCUUUCUGUGUCUCUUUAUAUCUCUCUCUCUCUCUCUGUAGAAGGUAGCAGAUCAGUACAACAGCCAGCAGGUAAAUCAAAGCGAUAAUGGGCUUUUAAAGUAUUUGUAGAUUUGUUCCAACUCUGAAAAGCAGGGUCCAUUCACAGUCUGAAUUAGCAAUGUUCUGUUUUCCAAGUAAUAGAAAUUUUAUCAUACUGUUUUUUGUCUUCAGUAGAGGCCCCUUUAUGCUCUGUGAUUUUGGUCUGUAUCCAAAGUUGACUUUGAGAGACAUAGGUGAAAUCUUAAAUCGUCAGUCCAAAUCUUUAUUAUACAGUAUUUGUUUUUCAUUACUGGCCAUUUUAAUUUUCUGUCUAAAUUUGUGAACCCUAAAACGUUUAUGGAAUCGCACAACUUUGAAAAGGAAAAUUCAAAGCACAUAAAUUCAGACAGCAUGUUUUCAAAGUAAAAUAUUUCAGUUUUCAACAAUAAGUAGUGAUUAAUCAGUGGUGAUUAAAUUUCAUAAUGAGGUUUGGGUUACUUAUGAAACAGAUGAUUACAGCCUUUUCUUUGCUUCCAUAGACAAUCUUCUAAACUGGUGGACAGUCAGACACAGAUUGCAAACAAGAGUUUAUUCGACCCAUCUGGCAUACUGUCACAUGCUGAUAGUGUAAAGGGGCCUUUGAAAAAGCACCUGUUAAACCAUACAUUGAAUACUACAAGGUAAAAUGUGUGUUCACACUGAUAACUUGACAGUUAUUGACCAGCAGUGGGCAGUGCACCAUAUUCAGUUGAAUCUAUAUAGUGGCAUGAAGCUACAAAGAUUGCCUUAGGCAAAUCAGUUUUGUUUGUCUUUUUCAGAUAAUGUUCCAAGUGUUCUCCAAACUUUUUUUUAACAUGGCUUUAUAAUAAAACUAGAGAACAGUGAA